AUGGUUUACUACUUCGAAUCAACAGCGGUCAACCCGCCCGCCUUUAUUUAUGUUGGCAAAGACAAGGUCGAGAAUGAGGAUCUAAUAAAGUUUGGAUGGGAAGAAGAUGUCUGGGUAUGUCGCUCGACCAGAAGGUUCUGUGCUCAUGUUUACCUCCGCAUGAAGCCAGGAGAGGCCUGGUCGUCCAUACCAGAAGCUCUUCUCGAAGACUGUGCUCAAUUGACCAAGGCAAACUCUAUUGAAGGAAACAAGAAAGACAACGUCACCGUGGUCUACACCCCAUGGUCAAACCUUAUGAAGAAUGCUUCCAUGGCAACUGGCCAAGUCUCAUUCUACGACCCGAAGAUGACCAAGAAGAUUCUCGUUUCGGUACGACAAAAUGCAAUCAUCAAUCGUCUGAAUAAGACGAGGUUGGAAAGGUUUCCAGACCUUCGGAGCGAGAAGGAAGACGAUCUCAAGCGGAAGCGAAAAGCUGAGCGGCUGGCUCGAGAAGAGAAGAAAGCCCAGGAAAGGCAGGAAAAGAAGGAGCGGGAGGAGAAACGAUGGCAAAAGGACCACGCCUACGACGAACUUAUGAACGCAGACGAAAUUGCCGCAAGCAGUAACCAAGAUCGAGAUGCGGAUUUCUUGGAUGAUUUCAUGUGA